AUCGAGUUGUGGCUUUUUACGGGCGCCCCACUCGGAACUAUCCACAAGAUAACUGUAAAUUUUCACCGAGUGAAGCAAGUGUCAGGAUAGUGCCACGGACCUGUUGCCGGAAGUAACAAAUUGUAUGAUUCAGUGUUUGCUCGUGAGUGACAUUUCGACCGUAAGAACGUGUGGAAAUAAGAACAACUCCUUCGGGAUUAAGUUGGGACCCCGUUCCGAACGGUCCUGGCGUAGGCUCGUGCGGGAGGAUAUAUAUAUAUAUAUACACACACAUACAGACAGAGAUAAUGAUGGAAUUUACAGGUUCAUGAUUGAUAGUAUCUUGUGUUCUAGCUGGAUUUCGAACGGGAGUACUUUCGAUCAUGACUUUUUAUGGUGCAAACGUGCUCCGGUUUGCCUUUUGACGUAUCUGUUUGACGUGCAAUCGUAACUGUACCCUAUACUCUACUGCGACAGCAGACCUGACUUUGCCACUUCGAUGUAGUGGCGGUGUGUUAAAGUGACGAAACGUCGUGCAUCGCUCGCAACACCGGGUCACGAUGCCAAAGAUCUUCCUGAUCAAGAAUCGACUGCAUCAGCAGCAGUUGCGGCUGCUGGAGUCGCAACAUCUGAGCAAGAGCCCACCGCUCGGCAGCGGCAAGGACAGUCCACUUGGCAGCUCGGAACCGCUGAGUCUCAUAGUCAACAAGGAUCAAUAUCGCGACAAGACCGAUGACGAUCGCGCGACCACCCCGGAAUCGUUACGCAGCACCAGUCCGGCGCCGUCGCCGCCGCUCCCGCAACCGGCGAGCAGCGUCGCGAGUCCGCCACCCAGACGAUUCAUCUCCAGCAUCCUCGGCGGCGAUGUGCCGUACGGUAGCAGACGUCACGUGCUCACCCGGGCGGAGCGGAAGGAGUACAGCAGCCCGCCGAUAGCCACGGACGAGCCCUCUCAGUUCCUGACGAAGUCGGAGAGGAUCGCGCUGCCGAGACCGCAGACGCCGCCGAAGAAACCGCACGUCGAGCCGCCCACCAGGGCCUCGGUUAUCCAGAGGGUGCCGCCCCAGGGCCAGUCCAGGAAAGAGAAGAACAAGAUCGAGAUCGAGAGGAUCGACGCGAUACAGACUCACGAACCGGAACAGGAACAGCCCAUAGAUUACGCGGUACCGAAACGGAAGGAGGAGGACGAUGAGAAAUGUCGCGAGGGAGCGGUGGCGUCGCGCGCUUCCGGGAAUUCGAUCGCGAGAUCGCUGCUGGCCGUGAAGCUGUCCGGCUCGCACGUGGUGCAGGCGGCAGCGGGUCACGGCAGAUCAUCGAAUUCGGGAGGAAACGGCUCCUCCGGCGGGAGCGGCGGCGGCAGCGGCGGCACUUCCGGUAGCUCCUCACCCUCGAACAACAACAGCGGCACCAUGAUCGGCGGUGGUUGCAGCAACGGUGCGAUGAUCGGUGGAUGUGGUGGCGGAGGAGGAGGCGGCGGUAGCGGCGGUACCGUCGGUGGCGGUGCGGGCGCGGGGGGCAUGCCCCCCGGAGGCAACGGGGGUCGCGGCAACUACGGUCCGAGCUCGCCGCCAACGGGAUCCCUGCCGCCGUUCUACGAGUCGCUCAAGGGUGGCAACAAUCUCGCCAACUUCGCCAAUCAGUACAACACCGCGCAAGGAAACGCGUAUCUCACACCAUUGACGGCGGUCGGGAUCGACUGCGACACCGGUCAGCAGGAUAGCUCGCAGCACGCGCAGUACAACGCGCAGGAAGGCAAACAAUAUUCGCUGCUACAGAAUGUCUGCGCGAACGUGUGCGCGUCUUACGGGCUGACGUUCAAAGAGGAAGAAGAAGAGCUCGGUGCCUACAAGAUACAAGCGAACGACCUGUUGUCCGGCCAGUACGGCGCUUACGACGUCACCGACACGGGAAUGAUGGUGGACAUGGUGACCGGUACCGUCGUCGAUCCGUUGCAGUUCACCGCCGCAACUCUGACCUUCAACUCGCCGUCCGAUCACACCGCGCUACUUGAGAGCCUGAGCGACGCCGCCGAUCUCCUGCUGCCCAGAUUGCAGACCGAGGACGGCGGUAGCGAUCUUCUCGACGAGUCGCUGCACUCACCCGCGUCGACCGGCAGCAGCGGAAUCGGUCAGGACUCCGGUCAGAUGACCACUCCCGUCGAGCCCAGCGUCGAUCCUUUCCCCGAGCACAGCAUGGCCCUAACCAGAGGCUUCGACACGAGACACUACACAACUCCGCAACACUUCAACACGUCCAAGCUCGCGGGAUUGAGCUACACAGCCGCCGGCGAGUCGAGCUAUCAGCCGUUGUCGAAGGAACGUCCGGAACUCGCUUUGCACGUAAAUCAGAAUCACCCGCAUCAACAGGAUCAGCAGCAGUUGCAGAUCCAGGUGCAGCUGCAGCAGCAGAAGCAACCUUCCACGUCGCCGCAACAACAGCAGCAGCAGCAGCAACAACAACAACAGCAGCAGCAGCAGCAGCAGCAGCAGCAUCAGGGCCUCCUCAGCCCUGGAUUGAGUUUCGCUGGUAAUGGUUUAGAAUUGGACUCCGGCAGCAGCGUGGGCGGAAGUCUACCGAGCCCGGGCACCGCCAGUUGUUCUCUAGACGGUACUUCUGCCAAUACUUCGCCGUCGUGCGCGCUAGCGGAGCACGCUCACAGCCCGGUUGUGUCGCCCAGCACAGUUGCAGCCCAAACCACCGGAUCGUUGGGUUUACCGAGCGACUGUCAGAUAGAAUUUGUAAACGGUGGUCACGGCAUAAAGAAUCCUCUGGCGAUCGAGGGUCAAAGACAGGCGGCGGCCAAUCGUGACGAAGAGAGAGCAAAUCGAACUCCACCUGGCAAGGACGACGAUCCCAAUCGUUUCACCUGCCGCGUGUGCAGCAAAAACUUCAGCCUGCAGCGACUUCUCAAUCGCCACAUGAAGUGUCACAGCGACGUGAAGCGUUACCUCUGCACGUUCUGCGGCAAGGGCUUCAACGACACGUUCGAUCUGAAAAGGCACACGCGAACGCACACGGGAGUGCGGCCGUACAAGUGUUUCCUCUGCGAGAAGAGUUUCACGCAGAGGUGCUCCCUGGAGAGUCACGGUCAAAAAGUUCACGGCGUUCAGCAUCAGUACGCGUACAAGGAGCGGCGUGCCAAGAUGUACGUUUGCGAGGAAUGCGGACACACCACGCACGAGCCGGAGGUGCACUAUCUUCACCUGAAGGAGCAACAUCCUUACAGCCCGGCGCUGCUCAAGUUCUACGACAAGCGGCACUUCAAGUUCACUAACAGCAACUUCGCCAAUAUGUUGCUCCAGGGAGGCUUCAAUACUCGAACGAACAAAACAAAAUACACAGCGCGGUAUGCAAGAACAUGAAAAUUGUUCUUGUUGAUGUAACUCUUCAGGGUGGCCUGUUGCAACGAGGGGACUCGCGGAAUACGGACAGCUGCGGCUUCGCGGAGCGACGGGAGAUCGCGUCGAAGAGCACCGAGGCGCCGCAUCAGCAGACUACGACCAGCUUCUGAAUCCGAGUUCGAAUACGAGAGAUAGAGAGAGAGAGAGAGAGAGAGAGAGAGAGAAAACAAAAGAGAGAAAGAAAAAGAGAGUGAGACCGAUCAGUUCUCCGACGACGAGAGGACGGGCCGGAGUCGCGCGAAAAGUACCUGGCCAGAAGGUGGCUCCUACGAUUCACUGGAAACGAUCAUCGAAGUUGCCCGGACGGCAGAGGAUCGACUUUAGCAGAUCUGUAACCGAUUCGAUUCUCGCCGAACCUUUAAAGAGGAAGAGGAGCGAAAAAACGAAGAGAGUAAGAAAAAAUUCUUGCACGCAGCUAGAACGAAGUAUUAUUCUCUUCUUUUCCAGUGGUUUUUUUUUUUUAAAGACAAUAUUGUCGUUAUGUAAAAGACAGAUAAAGUGUUUAAGAAAUCGGAGCGCGCAAACGUAGCAUUAAGCCACAGCGAUUGACGAUAUAAGUUUCUCGACGGAUGUUACAUUUAUUUUUAUUUUUAUUUUUAUUUUUAUUUUUUUUUUUAGACUUUAGAGCGCGACGACGACAAUAAAUCGUCGAAUGAUUAAAACUCUCUCACUCCUGCGUCUCGCGAGCAAGUAAUUUCAGAACGUGUACCUGUUGCGGGUUUCUCUAACGUCCUGAAUUUGUUGUAGAUGUUUGUAGAGAACGUUUGUUUUUCUUGUCCAGUUACGUAUAUAUAACUUUAAUUUUUUAAUAAUCGAUUUAACUUAUAAGAGAAGAUCCCGUCGCGACUGAAUGAAGAGAUUGUAGAAAAGAGGAUACGUCUCUCGUAUAGGUGACACAUGUAUAAAAAAAACGUUAUUUCACUCGCACACACACAUUCUUGCGCGCGCACAACAUACACACAUUAC